UUGUGGAUACUAUUUUCUAUGAGGCACAAAGACAAGGAAGAAUAUCAUUUUAUCUGACAACAAUUGGUGAAGAGGCAAUCAAUAUUGCAUCUGCUGCAACUCUUAACAUCAAUGACUUUGUCAUUCCUCAGAUCAACAAAGAACUUGCUGUGAAAAUGUAUGCUGACAUGACAACACUGCAAGUUAUGGAUACUAUUUUCUAUGAGGAACAAAGACAAGGAAGAAUAUAAUUUUAUCUUUUUUUUUUAACAUAAAUGACUUUUUCUUUUCCUCAGGUUUUACUUUUUAUGAUCUUUUAUAAUUACUUUCAUAGAUUAAAAUCAUCAAAAAUUUGAACGCAUCUAAAGACAAAAAGAUCCUUUAUACCUUUAAGAAAUAUAAAAAGAAUUGAUCUUGUUAAUUAAAUAAGUCAAGUUUUAGUAUUUACCUGAACUGAAUCACUAUUCAUGAUUAUAUGUCCAUUUUCAUUAAACACUCGAUAACAAUGAGCCCUUUCCUCUAUAGUUUUAGAUGUGAAAGUUAGUUUUGGGAUAAAAUUGACUUUUCCACCUGGAAAAUCUAGGUCUUCCCUAGAAGGAGCUUCAUUAGAGAACUGCAUCAGGGUAUGUGUGUUAAUAGGGGUAUAAAAAAAAUGAAAGUGAUUAUUCAUAAACGAUAUGAUAUUUUGUAGUUGUUCUGAUUUAUAUAUGUAUCUCCACGUAACCCCCUGGCCCCACAAAUUAUUGCAUACUAUAAUUUUUUCAGUCAAGUGCACCCAACUCAAAGAUACAUGUGGUCAAUUGAUGUGUAUGCUAGUUGUGGAAUGAAUGGUUACUUGUGGUUGUGUGAGAGAAAUGGUUUCAGGAUGGUGCUUCCGACCCUAAUUAAUGGCUUAGGGGAUAUUAUGAAUAACCAUGUCAUAAAUGUGACGUAUAUAAAUCCAACACCUCAUAAACAUAUUCCAGAACCUCCAAAAGGUGUAGUCAUGCCAAAGAAGGUUCUUCAGGAGACCGUGGCAAGGCGAAGGCGUGAUCGUACCGCUCCUCAUGUUUAUGUUGUGAUGUGAUUCUCGGAAUACUUUAAUUUAAUUGUAUUGAAAACCUUUUUUUGAUAAUUUAAUGAAAUUGGGUUGUUUUUGAAAAAUUUAAAUUGGAUGGAAUUUUUCGGUUGUUACAAGUUGGUAUCAGAGCCUUGGUUUGAGUGAAUUGGAGGAUCACUCGUGUGACUCCAGUCUCAAAUCGAGGAGGGUUUUCAAAAGAGUAUUUAAAAUGGUUUUCAAAAUGAGUAAAGGAGGACGUGGAGGUACGAUCAAUCGGAGCCAGUAAGUAACCCCAAAAUACCAUACAUGAUAUUUGUUUUUGAGCUUUUAUAGAACAGCAUGCUAGUGCUAGGCUAGGGAUCUUCAGGAUUUCAUGAUAAAGUUGCCUGAUUUAUGAUGCCUGUUAGCCUAGGGUUUCCUUGUGGGAGAUUUCUAGUGUUCCUCUAGUAGUGAGGGUUGAGCGUUUGUUAUGUAUGUUUUCACUAGGGUGUUGUGGUAGUACUUCAUACAAAUAUGGGUAGGUGUGGAAGGCAGUAUGGGCCCGUACUACUGAAAGCACAGGACCCAUACGCGUAUCAAGGAAACCAUGACCUCUAGGGUUGGAUUGAGAGUUGGUUCCCGGGAUAGUGGGAAGAAUCUGAGAUUUUGUGGUGUAUUUCAGUAUGGAGAUUUCGAGGCAUGCUGGGAGUGGAUCCGGGUCAGGAUCGGGAGCAGGAGAGGGAGUUCCGGGCAGGUCAGUACCGCCGGAGGUUAUUGGUCAGAUGAGCACGUGCGAGCUGGAUGCGAGGAUUCGUGAGAUCCCGCGUGAUGAGAUUGCUGCAUUGUUCCGGGCUGAGUUGCCGAAACUGUUUGGGUCGAUCAAGACCGACAUGGUUGAGUAUUUUGAUGAGCGCUAUGCAGCUCUCACAGAGACGGCUGCCGCGGCGGCUACAACGGCUGUACCAGCGGCAGGGGGAGGAGCUGGUCGGGGUUUUCAGUAUCGGGAUUUCGAUAAUACGAAGCCUCCCACCUUUGAUGGAGUUCAGGACUCAAUUGUUGCUAUGAGAUGGUUAUCGGACGUGGAGGGGUGUUUCUUCACGUGUUCAUGCCCUGCCGAUCAGCGGGUGCGGUGUGCUCUGAACCUGUUGAGGCUCGGGGCGAAGGAUUGGUGGAGAUUGACCAUGGGGUCAUAUUCGGAUGCGCAGAGGGCUGCGGUUUCAUGGGAUCAGUUCAGAGAGAUGUUCAGCACUCGUUAUGUUCCGCGGGUUGAGAAAGAGAGAUUGGCUCAGGAGUUCCUGGAGCUAAAGCAGGGAUCGGAGUCGGUGACUGAGAUCACCAGGAUGUUCACUGAGAGGGCGAUGUUUUGCCCUGAGUUCGCUUCGGAGCAGGCUCAGAUGGCCCGAUAUCUGAGUAUGGUCAAGAGAGAUAUCAGACAGUUUGUGUCUACGCAGAGGUGCGAGACUUUGUUGGAGUUGCAGGAGGCCGCUAGGCGGCGUGAGUUGGAGAUUGAGUUGCAAUUGCGUGAGCUGAGGCAGGCUCCGGUGCAGUCGCAACCAGCGCCGAAACGGUCCAAGACCGUUGAUUCUAGGGUGGGAGAUCAGAGCAGCCACGCUUGUGGGAAGUGUGGGAAGGGUCACACCGGAGUUUGUAGGUCCGGUGGUGCAUGCCGCAAGUGCGGAAAGGAGGGGCACUAUGCGAGGGAUUGUCGGCAGUCAGCGCCAGUUCGGGAUUUGAGGAUUUGUUAUCAUUGUCAUCAGGUUAGAAAUUUUAGGGUCAACUGUCCACAGCUUGUUGCAGGACCGGUGCAGGCUCCAGCACCGGCCACUUUGAGGAUCACAGGUGGAGGUCAGGGUGGAGUGGAGCCCCCAAGGGCUCAGGGUCGUGCUUUUCAGCUUGCAGCAGAGGAGGUCAGAGCAGUGCCGAAUGCAGCUGCGAGUAUGUUUCUUUCUUGAUGUCUUGUUUAUCUUAUGGUUAUUGUGGAGUAUUGUUUAUCUGCUAGUCUCAUUGUGUGGUUUUCGGUGCAGUAUUCGUUGUUCUUUGAGGGUUAUGGUUUGGUUAUGGGUUAGUGUUGGGAAUUUUGUUGGUUAUCAUUCAUGGGGGUUAUUAGUGGAAAUCUGGCGUCUGAUUUGAGGGAUGGGUAGCAUCUGCAUUCUGAGGAGUGGUUAGUUGCAGAUUGAGUUUCUUUUGAGCUCGGGUCGAUCAGCGUUGAUAUGUGUUUUUGUGAAGGUUGUUUGCACUUAAGGGACGCAGUUCGUGUGUAAGUGAUUGUGUUGUGUAAGGUUGUUGAGGGAGGUCGAUGUUGGCGACCGGUGAUUGAUAGUCAGUGCUAUAAGUGGGGGAGAAUUGGAAGAUUCUCUGGAAGAUCGAUGAGCAUGUGAGGUUGUUUAGCUGUUUGGGAUCCAACUAUAUUCUGUCAGCCAAGAGCGUAGGCUGGUAUGAGUAAGUGGCAGGCAUGCGGGGCAGGAUACAGACCAAGGGUACUUGAUUGUGGAGGGCUUGGUAUCAGGCCGGGAUUGAGUUUGUAUGAUGGAGAUAGAGUUCGGAACCCCUAGAGGGCUAGAACGGUAUGCAUGGGAGGAAUCUCCCAGAGAGAUAACUCGGAAUGAUGAAUGCUAGUUGAGCAGUCCGGAUAGACUGAAGGCCGGUAGGCGUACCAGUCAGGCCGAAGGCUCGAAGAACGGUCCAGCCAGGCUGAAGGCCCUGGAGGGCGGUCUAGAUUGGCUGAAGGUUCUGAGAGUGGUCCAGAUUGGCUGAAGGCCUGGUAAGGCGGUCCAGUCAUGCUGAAGACUCUGCAGGUAUUGUUAGAUCGGUUUGAGGAAAUGGAUUGAGUAUGUUGCGAUGUGUUAGCAUUAGAGGGUCUAGCCCCGGGUAUUGAUCUUGAUUAGUGGAGAUGGUGCAUGGACUCGAGAGUCCUUGCGAGCAGAUUCAGAGCAUGUGUGUUGCAUGGAUAGCGGUUAUGCUAUAAGGGAGUGGUGUAGCGUUGGA